AUGAUCGCCCGACCCAUUGCGGCUCUAAACCAUGCAACUAGUUCCGGUGGCAUAAGAAAUCACUCUGACUUUAGUCAUGUCUCAUGUUUUAAAAUCAUCGAUUCAACCCUACGGGAGGGUGAGCAAUUUUCCAACGCCUUCUUUGAUACAGAGAAAAAGAUCGAGAUUGCCAGAGCUCUAGACGAAUUUGGUGUUGACUACAUCGAAUUGACCACACCAGCAGCUAGUGAGCAGUCACGUGCGGAUUGCGAAGCCAUCUGUAAACUCGGCCUGAGAGCCAAGAUCCUGACUCAUAUUCGAUGCAAUAUGGAUGAUGCUAGAAUCGCUGUGGAAACUGGUGUACAUGGCGUCAAUCUUUUCUUAGGAACGUCAUCAUUUUCAAUGAAAAGUUCUCACGGCAAAAAGAUGUCUGAUGUUCACAAGACAGCACUCGAGGUCAUUGAAUACGUCAAAGCCAGGAAUAUCGAGAUCAGGUUCUCUUCUGAAGACAGCUUCCGGUCCGAUCUCGUCGAUCUGCUUUCCAUCUAUCAGGCUGUCAGCAAGGUAGGCGUCAAUCGAGUUGGCAUUGCGGAUACAGUGGGCUGCGCCAAUCCUCAACAAGUCUACGAUUUGAUCAAAACUAUUCGCAGUGUCGUUUCAUGUGAGAUAGAAACACAUUUUCACAAUGAUACAGGCUGUGCUAUCGCAAACGCCUACUCUGCACUACGGGCCGGUGCAACCCAUAUUGAUACUACCGUUCUCGGAAUUGGGGAGCGCAAUGGUAUCACCCCUCUAGGCGGUCUGAUAGCCUGCAUGGUUGUUGCCGACCGCGACUAUGUUAUCAAUAAAUACAACAUCAAGAAGCUCAAGGCGAUUGAACAGCUGGUGGCUGACGCAGUCAAGAUUGACAUUCCCUUCAACAAUUACAUCACGGGUUCUUGCGCCUUUACACACAAGGCCGGCGUCCACGCCAAAGCUGUCCUCAACAACCCUUCAACGUAUGAGGUUCUCAACCCAGCUGACUUUGGAAUCGAUCGAUGCAUAAAUUUUGCGUCUCGCCUGACUGGCUGGAAUGCCAUAAAGGCGAGAGCAGAGGCUCUGUCCAUUUCAUUGACUGAUGCUCAGUACAAGGAAUGCACAGCCAAGGUCAAAGCCCUUGCCGAUACCCGUGAGAUCACUGCCGACGAUACAGACAGCAUUAUAAUUGGAUUCCAUGACGCACAGAAGCUUGGAGUAUCCAUAGAAUGUGUCAGGAAGUGA